UUGACUGUGCAUUUAAAAACAUUUCCAGGGUUUCCCCCCUUGAUAUAAGUUUCUCUUUACAAGCCCAUGUAUUUGACCACGUAGCCAAGAAAAGGAUUUUAUCAUCAGGCAUUAGAGAUCAGAUGGAUAAAACAGAAGGGAUGUUCUGGGAGUGCAAUAAAUGUACCUAUCACAAUGACAUCACAGCACCAUCCUGCACGAUGUGUGAAGAUGGUAGAACUUCUUCAGAAGUUGACACGAAGAACAACUGGAGCUGUGAAAAGUGCACUUUUCUGAAUUCAAUAAACAGUCCUUUUUGUGAAGCUUGUGGACCCAAGAGGGACACUGCAAAUUUUGAUACAAAAGAGAACAAUUCAAAUAGGCCUGUUUCUGAAUCGAAAGUAACUAGGACUUCUAAAUCUGCAGAUAAACAGGAAUCAGACAGGAAAGUCAGAGAGUAUCGUGCUAAAACUUCACCCGACAGUACCGCCAACAGUAAAACAGGUAACAGCUUGGAGAACAACAAAGUUAAAGGAAAGGAGCUUGAAAAAGAAAAGAGACCUAAAUCUUCAGAGAAACCCGACAAAACAGCCACAGGAUGGUCAUGUUCACGGUGUACAUACAAAAACACACUAAAUAUGACAGUCUGCGAAAUGUGUGGAUAUGGUAAAGAACAGAAGAAGCAUAACGAGUCAAAACUCAUAUUAUCUGUCAGACAGCCGAGCUCAAAGAUGGAAGAUAUCCGAAAACUGGAAGAAAUUGAGGCAUCUAAUCUCUUGCAGAACAUCAUUUCUUGCUGUCGGAAGUACCACAGCCACUUUGUUGACGAUUCCUUCCCUCCCAUUCCAAGAUCCUUAUUCAUUAGUCAUAACAAACCCUUCAUAAAGACUCCCAUCCAAUGGCUGCGACCAACAGAUAUAGGGAGCGAGAAAGACACGUGGACAGUAUACAGGAACCCGCGACCACAUGACAUAUCCCAGGGACAACUGGGAAACUGUUGGUUUCUCAGCGCCUUAGCGGUCUUGGCGGAGCGUCCAGAACUGGUAAAGAACAUCAUUUUGACUAAGGACUAUUGUCCACAAGGAGCCUACCAAGUCCGUCUGUGUAAAGAUGGUAUAUGGCAAAUUGUUCUCAUUGAUGACCUACUGCCCUGUGAUAACUACAAACGACUAGUCUUCUCUCAGACUAAAGGACAUCAACUUUGGGUCCCCUUGAUAGAGAAAGCUAUGGCUAAGUUACACGGAAAUUAUGAAAAUAUGGAAGCAGGGAGGUGUAUAGAAGGUCUUGCUAUCCUAACAGGUGCCCCCUGUGACAUCAUAAAAUUACAAUUUAAGCCUAGAUCACGGAAACAAGACUUGGACCCUGCUAUGAUCUGGGCCAGACUUCUCAGUUGUAGGGAGUCAGGAUUUUUGAUGGCGGUCUCCUGCGGAGGUAAGGAUAAGACAGACGACAAGGUUUACAAACAGAAAGGACUGCUGGCUCAGCAUGCCUACUCCAUUCUGGAUGUCAAGGACAUUGACGGCAAUAGGUUGUUAAGGUUACGUAAUCCUUGGGGGCGGUUCUCUUGAAACGGGGAUUGGAGUGACAACUCGACCAAGUGGGCCAACAUUAGUAGCCGGGCUAAGCAAGAUCUGAAGUUGUAUGGAGACAAAUCAGGCGUGUUCUGGAUAUCCCUAGAAGAUGUCCUCAAAUACUUUGACAGUGUAGAGAUAUGUAAGAUUCGUCCUGAUUGGAGAGAAAUUCGAUCAGAGGGAUUAUUUCCAACCAAUGCGAGUGAGGUUUUCAAACUGGUGAAGUUGACUAUGUCAAAAACUACAGAGGUGGAAGUGGGCGUGUUUCAGAAUGGUGUCAGGGGCAGUAAGAAUAAAAACCUAUCUGACCUUUGUGUACUGAUACUCCGGGAUUCCCCUAAUGGCGUCCAGACGUUUGGCCCCCUGAUGGCGUGCAGUAAUCGCCAGAUUAAGAGUUUUGUGGGAUGUAACACCAUGCUGGAACCUGGGGAAUAUGUGGUGCUACCCCUGGCUUUCAAAAAUUUUGUUUUUUCUACGAAGCCUACAGGGAGAUCUAGUUAUGUAGUGUCUAUCCAUAGUUCUAAGAAAGUAAUAAUGGAUGAGAUUGAAACUCGGGAUCAGAAAUACGAGUACACUUUGGCUGAUGCCGUCAUACAGCUUGCUCUUGCCGAGGGAAAACAAGAAAGACCACGUGAUAAAGUCUCUAUAUACUCACUGUUUCAAUGGUGCGGUGGUAUUUUUAUGAUUGAAAAUCGCUGCAGUAAUCAGAGUUUUCAUAUAAAGUAUGACUGCUCAAAGAGUACCAAUAUGAUGUCCUCUCGUGGUAGUCUUAUAACAAUGGACUCCAUCCCUCCACUACACAGACAAGUGAUAAUGGUGCUGACUCAUUCUAGGAGAAAUACAUCCUACAAUAUUUCUCAGAGCUAUACUUUCUCGAAACAUAAGUCACCCACAUUGCUACCAGACUGGGCUGCAAAAGGAGUAAAGCAUGAUCCACCACUAACACAUCAAUUACAGAGACUUCACGCUCCAAGGCCUUUAUAAACCACUUUUUACCAUGUAGAGGGACUUCAAGCUCCAAGGCCUUUAUAAACCACUUACAAACCACGUUGCUGGACUUCAAGCUCCCAGACCUUUUUAAAUCACUUACACACUAUGUACAGGGACUACACACCCCAAGACCCUUGAAAACUGCUAACACGCUAUGUAGAGGGACUACAGGCUCUAAGACCUUCAUUAACCAUUUUUAUUACUAAUACACCAUGUAGAUGAACCACACGCUCCAAGACAUUUAUAAACAACUAACACACCAUGUUUAUGAACCACAGGCUCCAAGACCUAUAAAACCAAUAAAACACCACGUAGAGGGACUACAUGCUCCAAGACCUUUGUAAGAUCUGAGACUCUUAU